AUGAUGCCCCAUAUGGUUCCUGUUAACAUGCCCGUUCCGGUACCAAUGUUUGUACCGCAAGUGGUACCCUUCUACGUACCAUCGAUUCCCACUCCAGGUGUUUUAGUCGAUGAAGGAGCGACAAAGGGCAGUAAUGGCAAGAAACCCGUAGUUUACUACAGAGCGUUCAAUGACAAACUUCCUGGAGGAUUUGGACGUGGAAAUGUUUACGAAUAUCAUGCUCCUGGGCAUGACGAAAUCGCUCACAGCUACGGCACAUCACAGUCGUUUGGAAGUCCUAGCUCCGGUAGCUUUGGGAACUCACAAAGCAGUUCGUCUGGAUUCUUCAAGUCGUAUUCAGUGAGUCCUUUCAGCUCGAUUCCUGGGACUCCUCAUCCUUAUCUAGCAGCGCCAAAGGCACACGUCCAGUAG